AAGAGGAUGUGGGGUUAGGGUGAUGUGGGGGGAGGGGCACCAGAGCCUACCCUGGGCAGUUCUUUGUCCAUUCUGUCCUCCUGCCUGGGAGAACAGGACAUCUCUUUGAUUAGGCCUGAAGUCCCCUACACCCUCAGCCUCUUCUCAGGAUGGAUGUAGGGCCCAGCUGCCAGCCCCAACAUGGACUCUACCUGCUGCUGCUUCUGCUGGCUCUGCCGCUCAGGAGCCAGGCUAGCACCAGCUGCUAUGGAAUCCCAGGGAUACCAGGCCUGCCGGGGACUCCUGGGAAGGAUGGACAUGAUGGACUCCCGGGGCCGAAGGGUGAACCAGGGAUCCCAGCCAUUCCCGGGACACGAGGACCCAAGGGUCAGAAGGGCGAGCCUGGCUUGCCUGGCCAUCGUGGGAAAAAUGGCCCCAUGGGGACCGUCGGGUUGCCAGGGCAUCCAGGCCCCAUCGGACCUCCUGGGGAGCCAGGUGAGGAGGGCCGAUACAAGCAGAAGCACCAGUCAGUGUUCACCGUCACCCGGCAGACCUCCCAGCACCCAGCAGCCAAUGGCGUGGUCAAGUUCAACUCUGUCAUCACCAACCCCCAGGGGGAUUAUGACACCAGCACAGGGAAGUUCACCUGCAAAGUGCCCGGCCUCUACUACUUUGUCUACCACGCCUCACUGACGGCCAACCUGUGCGUGCAGCUGUACCACAACCAUGCCAAGGUGACCAGCUUCUGCGACCACUUGUUCAAUAGCAAGCAGGUCGCCUCGGGAGGAGUUCUGCUGCGGCAGCAGAGGGGCGAUGAGGUGUGGCUGGAAGUCAACGACUACAAUGGCAUGGUGGGCACGGAGGGCUCAGACAGCGUCUUCUCGGGCUUCCUGCUCUUUCCCGACUAGAGUGGCAGGCUGGCUCCAGCCCCCGUCCCCCCACCUCACUUCCUCGGCUUCCUCCAUCCUCACUCAGACCCUUCCACACUGCUGACCUCUUCCUCCACGAGUCUGCCUGGGUCCUGACCCAGCUCCUUCAGGAACUCCCUGUGGCAGUUCGACAAUACUUUGAGACUGUUUGUUUGUUUUCAGGUGGGGAGAUACAUAAAUAAAAAGGUCACUAAAUA